AGCUGCCGCCGCCGAGGUCCUGUCCCCGCCGAUGAGCAUCUUCAAGCCUCCGACAGCAUAAAUCCUCCGAAUCCCAGUUCGCAUCGUUAUUCCGUUUAAUCCCCCCUCUUUAAUCCCGUCGGUUGCUGAAGCCUCAAGAAAGAAACGAGAAAAAGGUUGUCGAAUCCCGGCACUCCGAUCUUGCUCGCGAGCCGAAGAGGGCGACUGGAUUGUCGACGAUGACAUGAAGCCGACGGCGCUCCCGGCGAGGAGGAGGACGAGGAGCAGAGGGCGGCGGCGGCGGGAUGGCGAGGGGCGCGGUGGAGAUAGGUAGCGCGGGGAGAUGUUGCUCCUUUAAGCGGAUCACCGUUGCCAUCUGCUGCAUGAAUCUCGUGGUGGCUCUCUUCCUGCUGCGCUAUUUCUACACCUCCUUCCGCCUCGAUUCCACCUCCGGCUCCGAUUACAAUCCGUUUUCAGAUGGGAAGCAAACAGAAGAUCAGAUUAAGAGAACCGAAGAGUCGAUUCGUGUUCGGAAAGCUUCGGAGCCUCUCGAGCUUGUCAAAGUGGUGAAAAAACUGAGAAAGGAAUUCGCUAGAGAAGAGAAGAGGAGGUCGAAGUUGCCGCAGCCCUUGAAGCAGAAGCUGGCCAAUGAGAUUCUGCAAAGGUUAAAAGAUCUGGGCAGUAAUGCUAAUGUGACUGAACAGCGAGCAGCAGUAGAAUUAUGGCGUGUUGAGAAACUAGAGGAAGUUAAACAAGCAAGAUAUGCAAAAUCUAGGUCAAAUUCAAGCAUCUCGAUGCAGGAAGCAAAGAUGCUGCGAAGGGCCUUUGAGUCUAAUUGGCCUAUGCUAUUAGAAGACAUUGGUCUUUGGUUGCCACCUGACGUUAUUAACACAGAGAACAAUGACAAACCUGAGAAUGAUCAGGAUCUUGAGGAGGAGAUAAUUCCAGGUCGACCACUGCCUCCUGAAUGCCACGCUGAGCUUCAUACUGAUUAUGAUGGCACUGCUGUUAGAUGGGGCCUAACCCACCAUAAAGAAAGUGCUGCUGACUGUUGUCAGGCUUGCUUAGAUCAGGCAAAACAUGCAAAACCAGGGCAAAUGAAGUGCAAUAUAUGGGUUUAUUGCCCAUCAGAGUUUGGAUGCUAUUCGCCGGACAUUUAUGAACACAAACAUCAGGAAUGCUGGCUGAAACAGGCCAAAGAACCUCGAUUAAACUUCAAAGACAAGUAUUCUGAGUCAUACAGAGAUGCUCACCCCAACACACCUGUAGUUGUCCCUUGGAUCUCAGGUGUUGUUGGGGCAUAGCAGCCUCAGUAUGGUUUUGCAAAUGUAGUGGCAGAUCCUUGUAAGAGGAUCCAGGGUGGUGAAUUAUGCUGUGGAUCUCAACAUAAUCUGUAGACUAUCACCAUGCCCAUCAUGAUGAUACGGAACGAGACAUGUCCAUUACACCCUCCUGCCGAGUUUUCUCUGUUAAAAACUUUUAUUGUAUUUUUAUUCUUUCCGUUCUUGUAAAUUUCAGCAGACACAUAAAUUUCACCCUGAAGCUUUUCCCUCUCAUGCAGGCAUUUGGAGCAGCAGAACAUUUUGGGUUGCAUUCCUUAUGUCAAUGAUAAACCUUCUUAAGAUGAUAUCAUGAUGUUUAACCAAAAUGUUUCACAGAUUUAUGUUGUGGGAUCCCCAAUCCCCUCGUUGAACUCUGCAAACUAGAAAUAUUCUUGCUUUACAUUCAAGAAAUGGAAUAUUUGUAGUCAUUUACCUCA